CUUUCCUCUUAUCCUGUAUCUUGAUGUUAAUAAAAGCCUCUCCUCCACUACUUCUCCUCGUGUAUAUCCAUUCACCUCCCAUUAUGCAAGCAAAAGCAAUUGGGUAACUUCUGAUUCAGUUUCACUUGUUUUUGAUUAGUACUCUCUUAGCCUUUCUUAUUAUGGCAGCUCUUUGUUCCAACCGGAGCAAGCUGAUACAAGAGCUUCGUCAAGGCCAGAAGUUUGCCAACCAGCUUCAGCUGACUCUUCAUCAGGAUCAUAAACCCUUUGAACAGCAACAUGGGUUGGUUUCAUCUCAUCAACAGGAGCUUAUUGUUAAGAUCUUGAGAUCUUUCAAUGAGACUCUUUCUGUACUGAGUUCUGGCACCUCUGCUGAGCUUGUUGUUUCUAAAAAUCAUGAUCAUCAACAGUUUCCGCCUACCAAUUCUUCCAAUGAUUCACCUUGUACGGAUGACCGGAGAUGGGAAGAUUCCGGCGAGAGUAAAAAAGGGCCGGCCAGUUCCAAGGCGAGGAGAGGCUGUUACAAGAGAAAGAAGAAUUUAGAGACAUGGAGAAUAGCCUCUUCCACCUUAGAAGAUCCUCAUGCUUGGAGGAAAUAUGGGCAAAAGGAGAUUCUCAAUGCGAAGUUCCCAAGGAGUUACUAUAGGUGCACACAUAAGUAUGAUCAAGGAUGCAGAGCAACAAAACAAGUUCAAAGAAUGGAAGAUAAUCCAGAAAUGUAUGAGACAACAUACAUAGGCAGCCAUACUUGCAAAGAUUUAUUCACUGCUCCAAAAAUCUUCGCAGAUUCUGAUCAUCCUUGGGGAACUACUGGUUCUUGUACUGUGAGCUCAAUGAACAGUUUUACCCCACAAGAAAUAAAGCGAGAAUAUAAGGAAGAGACAACACAAAGUGAUGAUAUAUCAGAGAACUUGUCGUCUUUGGAUUCAGUGGUGUGGGAUGAUCUAAUCCCCAUUGAAUUAUCUUAUCCAGCUACUGCUAAGAUGCAUUCUAAUGACUAUGAGAUGGAUUUUGACAGAGACUUUCAUUUUGAUGAGAGUGACUUCCUUCUUAGUUAGGUAGUUUGGCAUCAACAUAGAUAAAGUAGUGUCAUGUGUACAAUUUUUGUGCACAUAGUAUUAUUGAAUAGCAUAAACAUGGUGCUUUUUCUUUUAUGUAUAUGUACAUUAGUUUUUGUGGAAUAAGCAGAGCCACCAUUUUCAGUUUA